UAACAAAAUGGCGGGAAAUUUCUGGCAGAGUUCGCACUCCCAGCAGUGGAUUUUGGACAAACAGGAUCUGCUAAGGGAGCGUCAGCACGAUUUGUUAGCGCUGAACGAGGAUGAAUACCAAAAGGUGUUUAUAUUCUUUGCCAACGUGAUCCAGGUGCUCGGUGAGCAGUUAAAACUCAGGCAACAGGUUAUUGCCACGGCUACGGUGUACUUUAAGCGAUUCUACGCGAGAAACUCACUGAAGAACAUCGAUCCUCUGCUGCUGGCCCCCACUUGCAUUUUGCUGGCAUCCAAAGUGGAGGAGUUCGGUGUCAUUUCCAAUUCUCGUCUGAUUUCCAUCUGCCAGUCUGCCAUAAAGACCAAAUUCAGCUAUGCUUACGCCCAGGAGUUCCCCUACCGCACCAAUCACAUCCUGGAGUGCGAGUUCUAUCUACUGGAGAACUUGGAUUGCUGCCUAAUCGUCUACCAGCCGUACAGACCACUGCUGCAAUUAGUACAGGACAUGGGUCAGGAGGACCAGUUGCUUACUCUGAGCUGGCGCAUUGUCAACGAUUCCCUGCGCACCGAUGUCUGCCUACUGUAUCCUCCCUAUCAGAUCGCCAUCGCCUGCCUUCAGAUCGCUUGCGUUAUUCUGCAAAAAGACGCAACGAAGCAAUGGUUCGCCGAGCUGAAUGUAGAUUUGGAUAAAGUUCAGGAGAUCGUACGUGCUAUUGUCAAUCUGUACGAGUUAUGGAAGGAUUGGAAGGAAAAGGACGAAAUUCAAAUGCUGCUUUCCAAGAUUCCAAAGCCGAAGCCACCGCCGCAGCGUUGAAAAUAAAAUAUUUUUUGUACUCUUAGCUUUUAUUUUCCACUUAAGUGUAUGUCCUCAACUUACUUAUUUAUGUCGAUAAAGAAUAAGCUUAAAGUUAUGCAGAGCCAAUAAAACUACAAUACGUGUGUA